UGAUGAAAGCAUAUUCGUAAUUGUAAACUGAAAUAUGUCAGACAAUACGAGUAAAAACAUUGAAAGGACAUACUUUCUUAGGACUAUAUGCAUGUAUAUGGACCUAACAAAAGACACUCUUCUUCAGUUGUUUAAACAUUUAAUCAAAAGUGAAAAUAUUACAAAGUUCUUGACUGACAAAGAUACAAAAGCGAAACUACGAGAUUUGUUUAAGAAUGGUGUCCUGAAUAAAAAUGAAUACACUCUUGUAAGUUCCACAUGGCCGGAACCUGAAAAAUUUGAUAUCGCAUUGUUAAUAAGGCUUUUCCUAGGAUUAUGCAGGGAUAGAAUAUUAGGACCACAGCUAGGAUGGCAUACCAAGCCACAACCUAUGGAUGCAUCUCUUGGUGCAGACCUGCUUCGUUUAAGAAAUACCAGGAAUAAAUUGAUUGGUCAUAGAGAAAGUGCAAAACUGGAUGAAGCAGAAUACAUUCACAUUUUCAAUAAAAUGGAAGCAAUAUUAGUAAGGAUAUUUGCAGCUUUCGAUCAAGAAAAGAUGGGUAGUAUAAAGAAGACAUUUCGCGAGUAUAAGGACUUAUAUUUUGAAACUGAGAAUGGGAAAAUAAGGAGACAUCUUGAUGAGCUCGCAGAAGCAGACAACGCAACAAAGAGGCUGCAGACGCAAGUUGAGGAAUUGUUGAAGAAAUCAAAAGAAUUUCAGACUUUUUUUAAGACAACACCUGAGCGAUUUGUUCGAUACGUCAAGCUGCUUUUUGAUGGAGGUGGAACCACUCUUCGUGGUAUUCUAGAGAGAGAAUUGACAAUAGCAGAGAAGAGUCUCGAUUUUCUGAUUUCCGAAAACAAAGAGAUUCUUUUACAAACAAUGCACGAAGAAUAUCAUCAUUUUCUUUUCCCAAAAGGAUCUGGUGAAAUAGACCACAAUUGUUGGGAUAUUGGCCUCCUAGCAUCUGUCAUUCUCUUGAUAUUUACCGAUUUAAAGAUGGAUGAGAUAAAUAAAAUUGAAGAAAUAAAAGUUGCAAGACAAAACUAUGCAAUGCACGCUAUAAGCUGCUUAGAUGCUGACGAAUUCCUUGAAAUUUGGACAGAUUUAAUCAGUAGUCUUAAACAUCUUUCAAUGGAAAUUGAAGAAGGAAAGAAACUUUACAUUGAGAAUCUUAUUGUCCGCUACAAGAAAAAAUGCAAUGAAGGUGAUGCAGAUGAUUAUUUAGACCAGCUCAGAAAAGCUGGAGCUCCAGUUAAGACAUUGGAAUGCGUUUACAAUGGUAAACUCAUAUUUUAA